CGGAUUUUGCCUUUUAUAGCGCGCACAAGUGAAGAGUGAGUGUGACUGAGAGCCAGAUGCCACAUGGAUUCACACUUCUAGUUGUUCAGAGGAAAUAACGCCGGGCAAACAGAAUAGGUCAAAAAGUAAACGUGGACUCUAUAAACUACUUUUAUUUACACUUCAACAGGAAUUUCUGUGACGUUCCCGUAGCUCUAUACACGGUCUAAAAGUGAUUGGAGAUGGCACCGUCUCUCUCACAAGCCUAUAGAAGGCGCUGGUGGAUGGCCUUGACGGCUAUAAUUGAGAAUCUGCUCUUCUCUGCUGUGUUGCUGGGCUGGGGUUCGCUACUAAUCAUGCUCAAGGCUGAGGGUUUCUACUCACAUUUGUGCAUAGAAAAUGAGACUGAGCAUCAUGUUAAUGGAAGUUUGGAGGAGAGCAGCGUGUGGCUGAGCUGUGUUGAGCAAGAAGAGAUCCUAAAUCUUGGCUUUACGAUCGGCUCAUUCAUCAUCAGCGCAGCCACUCUGCCACUGGGAAUCCUGAUGGACAAGUAUGGGCCACGCCCCCUGCGACUACUGGGCAGUUCCUGUUUUGCGUUCUCAGUGAUGUUGAUUGCUGUUGCAGCAUAUGAUCCUUCAAUAUUAUCACCUCUCAUCUUUAUUGCUGUCUCCUUCAAUGGCUUUGGAGGAAUAUGUCUGACCUUUACUUCAUUAACGCUCCCUAACAUGUUUGGAAACGUGCGUUCCACCAUUCUUUCACUCAUGAUUGGUUCCUAUGCUUCAUCUGCUGUUACCUUUCCAGGAGUCAAGCUAAUCUAUGAUCUAGGGGUGUCAUUCCGCUUGAUCUUCUGGACAUGGGCAGGCUUGGCAUGUCUCGUCUUCCUCAACUGCCUACUUAAUUGGCCUGUGGAAUCUUUUCCUGCCCCUGAGGAGAUCAGCUACAUUAAAAAAGUAAAGCUGAGUGGUGUAGCAAUGGAUCAUAAGGUGACAGGGGAUCGCUGCUACAGUCAUGUAACCACUGUCGGGCAGGGAGUGACUAAAAAACAGGUUUUGGAUGAGUAUAAACAAAGCAAUGGAGCAGCUGAAGUGAGCCAGGGUUCCCAGCCAUUUCGCCGCUCUGUGUGUUCUCCCAUCUUCUUGUGGAGCUUGAUAACCAUGGCGAUGGCCCAGCUCCGCAUCAUAUUUUAUAUGGGAGCCAUGAAUAAGAUGCUGGAGUUCCUGGUUACACACGGUGACCCCAAUGCUCCAGAAGAGUUGGUGAAAGAGGCAAAUGAACAAGUGAGCUUCUACUCAUCUGUCUUCGGCACUAUGCAGCUGCUGUGUCUCCUGACCUCACCUCUUAUUGGCUACAUCAUGGACUGGAAGAUGAAAGAGUGUGAGGAGGACAGUGGCUUGGUGGAUGGAGAGAAAAGGCUACCCAAGAGAGACAGAAAGAUCCAGAAACUCACUAAUGCAAUCAGAGCUUUUAUCUUCACCAACAUCUUGCUGGUGUUGUUUGGCAUCACAUGUUUGAUAGACAACCUUCCUCUCCAGUUGGUGACCUUUGUUCUUCAUACUGUUGUAAGAGGUUUCAUUCACUCUUGCUGUGGAGGACUCUAUGCUGCUGUGUACCCAUCUAACCACUUUGGCACUCUGACAGGACUGCAGUCUCUACUCAGUGCCUUGUUUGCUCUCUUGCAGCAGCCACUGUUUGUCUACAUGUUGGGUCCACUCAAGGGAGACCCUUACUGGAUCAACUUUGGGCUGCUUAUUUUCUCAUUGGUGGGCUUCCUGUUGCCAGGAUACCUGUUCUACCAUCGCAGACAACUCACUAAACAGAAGAAGGUACGGGAUCAGGCAGCAGCUGGCCAAUCAGCAGUUGCUCUUAACCAUUCAGCAAAUGGCCCUGGGAAACUCCAUGCUGAUGAGUCUGAUACAAACGAGGCUUAAGAAGGAACAGUGUAGACAAUACAUUUGCAGCAACGCAUUCUUGCUGUUUUGAGCAACAAACUUAAAUACAAACAUCCGAAGCUUUGCAUCAUGGACAUUUUUAAUGAGACCUUUGGGGAAAUUUCUAUUAAGUCAUAUGUUGGGAUUCAAAAAAGGGAGCAAUUACACAAAAAAAGGUCCAAAUUUCUAAUCGCACAAAUUUUAUGGAUGCAACUUUUAGGUCUUGUGACCGAACCAGCUGGAUUGUUUUUAUUAAAUAACAUCAAUAGACCUCAUUUAUCAAGCUGAAUAUGAACGAACGUAUUUUUAAACCAUUCACAGGGGAAGUGACAGAAAAUGUUGUAUUAAUGAAAAAAAUUAUUGGAUCUUGAAAACAUUUGUAUUCUAUGAAAGCCUUGUUUUUAAACACAUAAACCGACUCACUAAAGUGAACUAGUAGGUUUGAUAUCGCAUAAUUAUUGUGCAGAAUUUAUAUACAGAAGAUGCUGACAUGAUUAAAAAACUUAUUUUGCCUAUUUCAGUUCAUUUAAAUUUAAUGAAAACUUACUCAUUUUAAAUGAAUAAGCAAUUCAGAAUACAUAAGACAGAAAAUACAUGAGAAUCAAUAAGAAAUAACACCCAAUAACAGAAGGAAGAGCGUGACUCUGUCUGUGGUAGCUGAUGCAAUGCAGGAGCUGAGCUGCAUUACUGGAGGAGGUGCUUAGAAGACACUUUUUCUUCAUUUAGUUGUCCUUCUGUCAUUUUCAGCACUCUGAUAGCACUGCUUUUUAUGGUGUUCUGUAUUGUAGCCAUCACCAAACAUACACUGAUCAGGCAUAACAUUAUGACCACCUGCCUAAUAUUGUGUUGGUCCUCCUUUUGCUGCCAAAACAGCCCUGACCCAUCAUGUACUAUGUAUAUUAACACCUUUCUAUCAGAACCAGCAUUAACUUUUUGAGCAAUCUGAGCAACAGUAGUUCAUCUGUUGGAUCAGAUCACAUGGGACAGCGUUCUCUCCCCAUGUGCAUCAAUGACCCUAUCGCCAAUUCACCACUGUUCCUUCCUUGGACCACUUUUGAUAGAUACUGACCACUGCAGACCGGGAACACUCCACAAGUCAACUAGCCAUCACAAUUUGGCCCUGGUCAAAAUCCUUACGCCUGCCCAUUUUUCCUGCUUCUAACACAUCAACUUUGAGGACAAAAUGUUCACUUGUUACCUAAUAUAUCCCACCCACUAACAGGUGCCAUGAUGAGGAGAUCACCAGUGUUAUUCACUUCACCUCUCACUGCUCAUAAUGUUAUGCCUGAUCGGUGUAAAUCUGCUGUGCUGUGAAUGUGCUUGGUUAUUUACUGUAGUGUGUGAAAAAGAAACCAGUUACCAAAUCUUUCCAGAAUCUGGUGGAAAUCUAGAAAAACAGUUACAGGCUACAUUGUAAUUAAUGACUGAUGAAUUCAAUGUACUUUGCAAUGAAACAUUAUGCUGACUGUCUGUUUUCAUCAUUAGCUACCUCCAGUUUAACCAUUACAUCCAAUGAGUAUUCUGUUGGUACUGCGUGUGUCUGUUUAGAGCUCGUUUUAUUAUAAUGUUCUCACAGUUUCUAGUAGACUUAGUGGAUGAAAGAAUAUACAUUUGCUUAUUAUACCGUUUAUUAGUUUAACACGUGUUUGUUUUAGGGAGUCAGUACCUCAAUUUCUUCUGCCUUGAGGUCAUGAGUUCCAACCCCAGCACUGUCAUGCUCGGUUCCUUGAGUAAGAUGUUAAUCCAAAACACCUCAGUUGUGUCCUGUCUCAACUAUAACUAUAACUUUGAUGAAAUCCUGAGCCAAAUAAGUAAAUGUACGUAAAUGUAUGGUCAUCAAAUUCUUUUGCUAGCUGCACUUUGAGCUUGUACAGCAUCAUUUUGCACUUCAGGUGAGUUGUGAAGCUAUAAUCAGUCUACUGUACAUGCAGAAUUGUGUGAUCUCAUAAAUAAGGAGAGAAUAAGGUCAGCUAGUCUUGUUUAAUGACAUGCUGUAAACAACCAGGAAUGUUUUUGUGGACUUUUUUUUGUAAAGUUUGAUGAGUUGCACUUCUGCUAUCAGGGAUUUAUUUGUCUGU